GUUUUGUCCGGUUAAGAGACCUUAUGAUCAUUCUUGGAAAAGCGCUCAUAUAUCCCCAAGAACUAAACGUUCUUUACUUUACGAACGACCAUGACCUCUACCGACGAGAAGCGCCUUUCUCAGUCGGACGUUCCGAUCGACUCCAAGAACGCUCACGAUAAGGAUGACUCUGACUUUUACGAUGAAGUGGUUCGCAGUACUGCUGCUGGUGAAAUAUCAGAGCUUGCAGUUGUAGCAGAAGGAGAGGAACGUACAACUUGGUUUGUCUGGCUUCUUGUCUGCUGUUGUAGUAUAUCCGGCUUGCUCUUCGGCUACGAUACCGGUGUCAUCUCCGGUGCACUAGUCACCAUCAACGGAGACCUUGGUCCAGCGCAAUUAUCAGACGGACAAAAAGAAUUUAUCACCUCGUCAACGACGCUGGGUGCUCUUCUCGGUGGUCUUGCUGCUGGAGCAAUGUCUGACUGGACAGGUCGCAGGCCCGUUCUAGGCAUCGCUGAUAUCCUAUUCAUCGGUGGCGCCGUAGGUCAAGCUGUCUGUCACACCGUCUGGAGUAUGAUAGGCUGUCGUUUCCUAGUCGGUCUCGGUGUAGGUCUAGCUUCCUGCAUCGCACCACUCUACAUCCAAGAACUCUCUCCCACGCGACUAAGAGGACGCAUGGUAGUUUUGAACGUCGUCAUGAUCACCCUGGGACAGGUCAUUGCGUAUGGUAUUGACGCCGGAUUUGCCAAUGUACACAGUGGAUGGAGGUGGAUGGUUGCGCUGGGGAGUGUACCAGCAGGUAUCCAGAUGAUCUUUCUCAUUUUCCUUCCUGAGUCGCCUCGUAUCUUAAUUCGGAGGGGAAAUAUCGCCGAGGCCCGUAGGAUCAUGAGGAAAGUAUAUUCUCAUGCAAAGCCAGAGCAAGUGGAUAUCAAGGUAAAAGUAUUACGUGCUGCAGUACAGCAGAGCAUAGACAUAACGAAUACAACGACAUUCUGGCAACGUUUUAAUUCCAUGAUAUCCAUUCCAAUUAAUCGGCGUGCCCUCAUCGUUGGCUGUGGCAUGCAAGCAUUUCAGCAGCUAUGCGGGUUCAACACUCUGAUGUACUAUUCUGCCUCCCUUUUCCAGGAGAUUGGUUUUAACCAGCCAACCGCCGUGGGCUUGAUCGUUUCUGGAACCAACUUCGUCUUUACACUAUUCGCGAUGAAAUAUAUCGACCUCAUCGGGCGUCGCAAAAUCAUGGUGAUAUCCGCUCCUGGGAUGAUAUUCGGGCUGACGUUAGCCAGUAUUGCUUUCCACUACAUGACGAGGCACACAGGCGGAGAACUCGUGACAGGCUCGGAUUACUCGAGAGCUUGGUCUGCUAUCGUCCUGUUCUCUAUGAUCGUCUUCGUCGCAUCAUACGCUACUGGCUUGGGAAACGUCCCUUGGCAGCAGGGCGAACUCUUUGGUCUCGAAGUUCGCGGAAUUGGCACGUCUAUCGCAACAGCCACGAACUGGGCUGGAAAUCUCCUCAUCGGAUCCACGUACCUCUCACUCAUGGCCAAGAUCACACCCGCCGGUGCAUUUGGGUUUUACGCUGGGCUGUGUCUGCUAGGCUGGCUCUUCUGUCUGUUCUGUUUCCCUGAGACGGCCGGGCUGAGUCUCGAAGAAGUGCAGAACGUAUUCAGGAAUGGGUUUGGGAUCAAGGAGAGCCAGAGAAUGAGGAAGAAGAAGAAAGAGCUGCGUGUCAAAGAGCAGCAGUCGACUUCUGUAUGAGGGGCUUUGGGUUUUCGCUAUCAGCACUUUAUAUCCUCGCUAAGAGGCCUUCGAUGUACAUAACAGAACAUCUACAAAAUCCGGAAAUAAAAGUAUAAUGUUCGAGUGCUGUAAACAUCGAUCAUGUCGGACGUGCUGGUUUUUGGGCCCAGGCGUAUACGAAUGGCGCUUGGAGCUUCAAGCUAUGGUCUGCUAGUUCAGCGAUGGCUCUUUCACGCAGCGAUGCGAAUCCCUCUUCAGUGGUUGAUCCUGUUUCCACAUAUUUGGGGCCAAACCCUUCCAGAAGACUAAUUUGAACGCUACCCAUCAUCCCU